AUGUUGCCCCAGGAUUCUGUCGGCCAGGUGACUCCAGUUGCGGCGCUGCACUGGUCGGCUCCUAGGCGUCGCUCUCUUUUUGGGGUGGAGUUACGGAGAUCUCUGGGGGAGCGGUUGGCACCAACUACAGAUCAGCACCUUCGACUGAGUGAGUGGGUUGCACCACAGUCCACCGAUUUGUCGAAUGGGGCGGCUAGCUGGUGGGACGAAGACGAGUUCGUCUUAUCCCAUCCCACCCCGGUUCCCACUCGACUGAUGGUGUAA